GAGCAACACAGAGGGGGGAGGAGCGUACAGAGUCAAGAAAAAUGCAGAGAACGACAGCUCAACAUACAUUAGGCAGAAACUUGGAACUUGGUGAAGCACAGCAACAAGAGUAUAGUAACGUUUAAAUAAAGAGAGAAAAGAAUACGAUUUAGAUUGAGACAGGGUAGUGUGGAAAAAGGGCCAGUUGGAAAUCCAUCUCGGGCACAACGGAGUAAGUGAACAGUGUGACAGUGAAGUGGAAGUACAGACUGGUUUCCAUCCACAGUGAGCAGACUGCCAAACAGCAUGGCUGACAAAGUGAAUGAGGAAUCGACUAAUAAUCCAAGGAAAACGGACCAGGACUGGGGCUAUGAAGAAGGUGUAGAGUGGGGACUCCAUUACCCAACAGCCAAUGGUGAGUACCAGUCUCCCAUCAACUUGAACUCCAGGGAGGCUCAAUAUGACCCAUCCCUCCUGGAUGUCCGCCUGUCACCAAACUACGUGGUGUGUCGUGACUGUGAAGUUAUAAAUGAUGGACACACUGUACGUAUCCUUCUCAAGUCAAAGUCAGUGGUCAGUGGUGGUCCAUUACCGAGCGAUCACGAGUAUGAGCUUCACGAGGUUCGAUUCCACUGGGGCAAAGAGAAUCAGAGAGGAUCAGAGCACACAGUCAACUUUAAGGCUUUUCCUAUGGAGCUUCAUUUGAUUCACUGGAACAGCACACUGUUCAACUCUCUGGAGGAUGCUCUGGGGAAGAAGAACGGAGUUCUCAUUAUUGCUCUUUUCGUGCAGAUUGGCAAAGAGCAUCUGGGUCUGAAAGCCAUCACAGAAGUUCUACAGGACCUGCAGUACAAGGGGAAGAGCAAGAUAAUACCCUGCUUUAAUCCAAACACUUUGCUGCCUGAUCCAUUAUUGAGAGACUACUGGGUGUAUACAGGAUCUCUGACAACACCACCUUGUAGUGAAAAUGUAAUAUGGAUUCUCUAUCGCUACCCACUUACCAUAUCACAAUUACAGAUUGAAGAGUUUCGGAGGCUUCGUUCACAUAUAAAAGGCGCAGAACUGCUAGAGGGGAAUGAUGGGAUAUUGGGGGACAAUUUCCGCCCAACCCAACCACUGAGUGAUCGAAUUGUUAGGGCGGCAUUUCAGUGAUUUGCAUUUUGCUCUGCAAACUAAAAAAAAAAAAAAAAAAAGACCUUCAAACACAAACAUGGGAAAAAUGAGACAAAACAGCAAGAACAGAAGGGAAGGAGAGAGCUGAAGAAGUUUGACCAUAGAGUACAAAAAUACAAACGGUAGACCCAGUUUGGAAAGUACUCACCCCCCCUGUAAUAUGUCAUCAUAUGUUCACUUAAACAGAGUAGAGAUCUUUAAAAAGAUGAGGCAGCUCAUUUGCAUAUGACUAUGUUGUAUCUUAAAUAUUUGAAAUUCCUCAAUAAUAUGAUAAUGUCUGUGUGGUAUAUAGUAAAUAGUUUCCGCUAAGGCUAGUGUGCUAAUAUUUGGAACUAAAACUAAUGUAAUAUAAUGACAAGUAACUCACCCACUAUCUUAAAGGAAAAUCAUACUUUUUAAAUGUUUGUACACAAAUUGUUGGGUCUUUUAAGUUCUAGCCAACCCAUCAAGUUGAAUAAAUAAUUUGUUAUUGCCUACCUGUUUGUGUCUAGUGAAUGAGCUGUUCUGCACCUCACAUAAUAACCGCCUCCACCCCAAGUUGCUUUUUUGUAUGCACUGAUUAGCGUUUGCCCUUUUGUCAACUGACACAUACUUGUUUGCUGGGUGAAAAUGUCAAGGCAGUGGUGGUGGGACAGCCGGAUGGAGAGAUGUUUGUGUUUGAUGAGGUGCCCGUGUAAUGUAUGAAUUAACCCUAACCCCCAUGAAUAACAUUUCUUAUUGUCUUAUUUUUCAA